GCUAACAGGAAACUGCUUCCAGAAUCAUGGCGGCACCAGCUAACAACAAUUCAGGCUGUUGGGGCGUCCCAGAGGUUUAUAAACACCAUGAACAGAGGAAAGUGUGUAUUUCUCGACCAAAAUAUAGAGAGGGAAGAAAUGCGAAAGCUGUUAAGGUGUACACCAUCAAUUUGGAGUCGCGUUACCUAAUGGUCCAAGGAGUCCCAGCUAUUGGAGUGAUGACAGAGCUGAUCCAGCUGUGUGCCCUGUACGGAGCCGUGGAGGAGUACAGGCCCCUGGACGAGUAUCCGGCUGAGGAGUUCACGGAGGUCUACCUGGUCAAGUUCCAAAAACUCACCAGUGCCAGAGCAGCCAAACGACGCAUGGAUGAGAAGAGUUUCUACGGUGGCGUGCUGCAUGUGUGCUACGUUCCAGAAUAUGAGACUGUGGAGGAUACCAGGCUGAAACUGCAGGACAGGAGGAGAUAUGUAAUCAGGGCCGUUCACAAUAAAGCAAGAGAAAAACAGCAGAAGGAGGCAGUAAAUGAGACGCCCACGUCAUUGGACACAGCUUCCACAUCAAGGACGAACAGUACCAGACAUGAUGCAACCUCUGACAAAAUAAACACAGGAGACACUUCAAAAACUAGCCAUUAUUCAGGCUUUCCUCUACUGCCGUUACCUCCUCAGGAACUGUAUCACUACCGACAUAUCAAUCAAUUUGGAACUGUACCAACAGAAGACAAAAUGGGGACUUUACAUAAUGCCAUCAUUGACACAAAACAGCAGCCAAGACCGAGUUCAAGCUCCACUCUAACCUCUUCAGACAGAGACCCAGGACACAGACUCACCUCAAAUCAGAGUUCUGCUGUCAGAUUUGUCCCGAGAACCACUCAUUUGGAGAACAGGAAACGCAAAGUGGAAGUGGCUCUGGAAAACAUGGUAACUGAUGACACAAGCAACAAUGAGCCUCUUAUAGGGCCAAAGCUCCCAGAUCUACCGAAAGUGGACAUGAUAGAUGAGUCUCUAAACACAACUGUAAGCCUUAUUAGGAACACAAUGAAACAGGUGGGAGCAGUACCUGAUCUCAAACCAGUGGAGAAAAAGGUGAAACCUAGACGUCGGAUUUAAUCAAACAAGAUGCCAGAUGCUGUGAUUGCUGUUGCUACUUUUGAGAAUGAUGAUUCCAACAGUUCCAAGGCAACUUUUUUC